CAUGUUUUAUUGCUCUAAUUCUCUAACCAAUAAUCUUAGUUAUUGUGUGCAACAACUAUCAAGUACAAAACUUACAGCUUUUAAGAAGAAAAAAUUGCACAAAACAAAUAACAUCACCAAAAAAAAAAAAGUUAAUCCAUGUAUUUAAUCAACUAGAGGCAAAAGACUAUAAUUAAUAUCAUAAUUAAAAUUAGAAAAAUAAUUUGGGUUGACCAUGAUCCUAAUCAUGCAAACUAGAAGCAUGUCAGUAAAUGACCACAAAACACAUUCUCUCCAUGUUUUAAUGUCGGAAUAUAACUCCAAAAAACUUUUACAUUCAUAACAUUACUUGGCUGUUUUAGAUUCCCAAGACCUCACGAAUUAACUUAAUUUAAUCAUCUCACUAAUCAAUUAAUUUACUCACUAAUCAAUCAUUUUAAUCUAACUUUAUUUCUUUCUUAUAGAAUAAGAACCUGCCACUUUUCUUCCCUAAUCUCUGAUCAUCAUAACCUCCAAAACACCCCCCAUUUUAUCCAAAAAAAUCACACAAAAAUGUCUUCAUAACAAGAAAAAUUUAAAGGGAAGAAAGAUUUGAUUGAGCAAAAUGCAAAUGAAGAACAAAGUUUUCAUCUUUUUGUGUUUUUGUUCAUUUUGUGUUUCUCUUGUUUUAGCAACACCAAAUGAUGAACUCUUAACUUUGUUAUCAAUGAAGGACUCCUUCAUUGAUCCCUUGAAUCAGCUCAAAGAUUGGACUAACACCACUAAAAACCCGGCUUCGCAUUGCGAAUGGAAAGGUGUUUGGUGCAACUCUCAAGGUUUUGUAGAUAAACUUGAUCUUUCCAACAUGAACAUAAGUGGGAAGAUACCAGAUAACAUACAAAACCUUAAGAGUUUGACAGUUCUUAAUCUUUGUUGCAAUGCAUUUGCUUCAUCUUUGCCUAAAUCCCUUUCUAAUCUCACCACAUUAGUAAGCCUUGAUCUUAGCCAAAAUGACUUCAUUGGUAGGUUUCCUGCAGGUUUCAGUGAAGCAAAAGGACUAGUUACACUCAAUGCUUCUAGUAACAACUUUGAGGGUAACUUACCUGAUGAUCUAGGCUUUUGUAACUCCCUCGAAGUGCUUGACUUUCGAGGGAGUUUCUUCGAGGGAUCGAUCCCUACUUCCUUUCGAAACCUUCAGAAUCUGAAGUUUUUAGGCCUGUCAGGAAAUAAUCUUACAGGGGAACUUCCUCCUGAACUUGGUUCUCUGUCAUCUUUAGAGACUAUGAUUCUUGGGUAUAAUGAGUUUAAUGGUUCUAUACCUUCAGAAUUCGGAAACUUGAGUAAUCUGCAGUACUUAGACUUAGCUGUUGGAAGUUUAAGUGGGAAAAUUCCUGCACAACUUGGGAUGUUACAGAAGCUUGACACAGUUUAUCUGUACAUGAAUGAGUUUGAGGGGGCUCUUCCAUGGGAAUUGGGAAACAUUUCGUCGUUGCUGUUCUUUGAUGUUUCGGAUAAUCGAAUUUCAGGGGAAAUUCCAAAGAGUUUUGGGAGGUUGAAGAAUCUGCAGCUUCUGAACUUGAUGUGCAACAAGCUGACAGGUGAAGUACCAAGUGAGAUUGGUAAUUUAACCAACUUACAAGCUCUUUCAUUGUGGAAAAACUCUCUGACAGGUCAUUUGCCUGUGAAUUUAGGUAAAAAUUCCCCUAUGAAAUUUCUUGAUGUUUCAUCAAAUUCUUUGUCAGGUGAAAUUCCUCCCAAUCUUUGUGAUUCUGGCAAUCUCACAAAACUUAUACUCUUUAACAAUUCUUUCUCUGGUCCUAUACCUUUAAGCCUUUCGAAAUGUGCAUCAUUAGUCAGAGUCAGAAUACAGAACAACCAGUUUUCUGGUAGUAUUCCUGCUGGUUUAGGUACCUUACCUAACCUUGAGAGGCUAGAGUUAGGAAACAACAAUCUAACCGGAGCAAUCCCGGAUGAUCUUUCCCUCUCAUUGUCGCUUUCCUUCAUCGACGUGUCAUACAACAAUCUCUAUUCAUCUCUUCCUUCAGGGAUUCUCUCCAUUCAAAACUUACAGAAUUUUAUAGCUUCUAAGAACAACUUAGACGGUCAUAUUCCUAACCAGUUGCAAAAUUGCCCUUCCCUUGCUGUCCUUGAUCUUUCCUACAAUCAUAUCUCCGGCGUAAUCCCAAAAAGUAUUGCUUCAUGUGAAAAGCUAGUCAUUUUGAACCUUAAGGAAAACCAACUCUCAGGUGAAAUUCCACACACAGUUGCAGGAAUGCCCACUUUAUCCAAACUUGACCUUUCUAACAAUUCUUUAACUGGUCAAAUACCUGAAAACUUUGGGAACUCACCUGCUUUGGAAAUGUUCAAUUUGUCCUACAACAAACUUGUAGGUCCUGUACCCACAAAUGACAUGUUUUCUGUUAUAAACCCGAAUGAAGUCAGAGGCAAUGCCGGUCUUUGUGGUGGCGUACUUCCCCCAUGUUCUAGGAGCAAUGAAAAAUAUUCAGGUCGGCCUAAACAUAAGCACAUUAAUCAUGUAAUCAUAGGAUUUGUAGUAGGAAUAUCGGCCAUUCUAGCAGUCGGGCUUGCAUUUUUUGCAGGAAGGAUGGUGUAUAGAAGAUGGUAUUUGUAUAGCAGUAGAGUAGAAGAGUGGUUUACAAGCACCAACAAAGAAUGGCCUUGGAGACUAGUAGCAUUCCAAAGGCUGAACUUCACUUCUCCUGACAUAUUAGCAUGCUUGAAGGAAUCAAAUGUGAUCGGAAUGGGUGGAACCGGGAUAGUUUACAAGGCCGAGAUCCAAAGGCCACACUCAAUCAUAGCAGUGAAGAAGUUGUGGAGAUCAGCAGGUGACCCUGAAGCAGGAGAAAACUUGCUAGCUGAGGUUGAACUACUAGGAAGAUUGAGGCAUAGGAACAUAGUUAGAUUGAUAGGCUACUUGCAUAAUGAGAAUGAUGUGAUGAUGGUUUACGAGUACAUGCCUAAUGGGAACUUGGGAACAGCAUUGCACGGUAGUAAACAAAGUCCGAAGAACAACAUGCUAGUCGAUUGGGUGUCUAGGUAUAAUAUAGCACUAGGAGUAGCUCAAGGCCUGUCCUAUCUCCACCAUGAUUGUCAUCCUUCAGUGAUCCAUCGCGAUGUCAAGUCAAACAACAUCUUGCUAGAUGAGAACUUUGAUGCUCGAAUUGCUGAUUUUGGGCUUGCAAAGAUGAUGCUUCACAAGGAUGAGACAAUCUCCAUGGUUGCGGGAUCUUAUGGAUAUAUAGCACCUGAAUAUGGUUACAGCUUAAAAGUUGAUGAGAAGAGCGACAUCUACAGUUAUGGAGUCGUGCUCCUAGAGCUCGUUACAGGGAAAAAGCCAUUGGAUCCAAUUUUUGGAGAAUCAAUCGACUCAGUUGGGUGGGUGCGAGAAAAGAUUAGAAAGAACGGAGGAUUAGAGGAAGUACUUGAUCCCGAAGUAUCAGGCCAAUGCAAGUACAUACAGGAAGAGAUGUUACUGGUCUUGAGGAUCGCCCUUCUUUGCACAGCUAAACUUCCAAAGGAGAGGCCUUCCAUGAGAGAUGUUAUAUCAAUGCUCAAAGAAGCGAAGCCUCGGAGAAAGAGCAUUUGCAACAAUAAUGGAUAUCAAGAGUAUCAACCUAACAUUGACAAACCAGUCUUUAGCACAUCCCCAGUUACAGGCCUGUUGUAGAGAAUUUCAUGUAUUUACCAGCAUUGCCUGUAAUUCUUCCACCACCCUUUAUUUUUCUCGUGUAGAUUCCCACUUUUCUAUUUCUGCUUCCAUUUUUUUUUCUUAAUAUAAACUUCUAGCACAGAUAUAGUUGAAAAGAUUAUUAGACUACACUUGGUAGUCGUUUAUAACUUAUGUAUAUUGAGAUCUGUAUUAUAAGAUUAGGCAGGAGCUUCUUUAUCAAGCUCCACCAU